AUGUUUUCGAACGGUCUGACCUGCAACCUGCCUUUUUGCAUGAACAUAAGAGACUCCGGCUCGGACGAGCUCCUUCCCACCAAGACAAAUAGAGAACCGGUGCUGCUCAACGUCUACGACAUGUACAAAAUUAACGAAUUCACCAGUAACAUCGGCCUGGGGGUGUUCCAUUCCGGCGUCGAGAUAUACGGAACGGAAUACGCCUACGGAGGCCACCAAUAUUCGUUUACUGGCAUAUUCGAAAAUAUACCCCGGGACGAGAACGAAUUAGGAGAACAGUUCAAAUUUAGGCAAACCAUCCACAUAGGCUACACGGAUUUUACCGAAGAAGACGUUAAAAGAAUCAUAAAUGAAUUGGGAAAGGAAUUUAGGGGUAACAGAUACCAUUUGAUGAACAACAAUUGUAAUCACUUUUCGGGAGCUUUCUGUAAAAUUUUAUGCGGCAAUGACAUCCCGCCGUGGAUCAACAGAUUGGCGUAUUUCAGCAGUUGGGUGCCGUUUUUGGAGCGAUGUCUGCCCAAGGAGUGGCUGAUGCCGAUGGCAUUGCAGCAUUCGAUCAGCUGCAGGCGGGAUUCGACGUGCUCCGAGGGCUCCACCACGCCACUCUAA